GUAGAUCGAGAAAGAACGAAAUCAGGCGAAACUAAAGAUGUUGGCUAGGGUUUGUAGAUCGGAAUCUGCUUCUGCUAUUGCAGCAGCUGCUUCGGCUAGAUGGUUUUGUACGAGAUUGGGCAAUCGACGCGUCCCGAAGAAAGGUAGCAAAGUUGAGAAGAGUAAGCCGUCUUUGAGCGGAGGAACGUUUGGAGGGGAGAGUUUGAAAUUGAGGAGUGGGUCUCAUUAUAUCAAAAGCUUAGAUGAUGCCAUUGAUCUGUUCGAUUACAUGGUUCGAUCUCGUCCCCUCUAUUCGGAAAUUGAUUUUAAUAAACUAAUUGGUGUCGUCGUGAAGAUGAAACGUCCCGAUGUUGCGAUUUCUCUCCAUCAGAAGAUGGAAUUGCGCCGGAUUCCAUUUGAUAUAUACAGCUUUUCUACUCUGAUGAAAUGUUAUUGCAGCUGUCAUAAGUUGUCAUUUGCUUUGUCUACGUUUGGAAAGAUCACUAAACUUGGUUUCCAUCCCAAUGUUGUUACGUUUACCACGCUGCUCCACGGGUUAUGUCUCCAAGAUAGGCUCUCUGAAGCCUUGGCUUUAUUUGAUCAUAUGGUUGUAAAUGGAAUGUGUAAGAUUGGUGACACUGAAUCUGCCUUGAAUCUGCUUAGGAAGAUGGAGCAAACCCACAUCAAACCCGGUGUUGUAAUUUACACUGCCAUCAUUGAUCGCCUUUGCAAAGACGGACAUCAUAGCCAUGCUCAAAAACUUUUCACUGAAAUGCAUGAGAAAGGAAUUUUUCCAGAUGUUUAUACCUACAGCUGUAUGAUCGACGGGUUUUGUAGCUUUGGUAGAUGGGGUGAUGCUGAAAAAUUGUUGCGUGAUAUGAUUGAAAGGCAAAUCAAUCCUCAACUUGUAACUUUCAAUGCAUUGAUCAAUGCAUCUGUCAAAGAAGGGAAGUUCACUGAGGCUGAAGAGUUAUAUGAGGAGAUGCUCCGUAGGGAUAUAAUUCCUGAUACGGUCACCUAUAGUUCAAUCAUCGAUGGGCUUUGCAAGCGUAACCGUCUAGAUGAUGCCAAGCGCAUGUUUGAUUUGAUGGCAACCAAGGGCUGCUCUCCAAACGUAGUCACUUAUACUACCCUUAUUAAUGGCUAUUGUAAGGCUAAAAGGGUUGACGAUGGAGUGGAGAUUUUCUACUUGAUGCAUCAAAGAGGAAUAGUUGCUAAUACAGUUACUUAUAAUAGUUUAAUUCAUGGGUUUUGUCAAAUGGGUGAUCUUAGUGGUGCCCUAAACAUUUUCGAGGAAAUGAUUUCUAAUGGUGUGGCUCCUAAUGACAUCACUUUCCGUGGUAUGCUGGUCGGCUUAUGUAGCAAGGAGGAACAACGAAAGGCAGUGGCAAUGUUGGUGGAUCUGCAGCACGGUGUGGAUCAUCAGUUGAAGGAUGAAUGAAA